UUGCUAGAUGUUAAUCAUUUUGAAUUCUGCUUGAAACCACAGUAUUCAAAAUAUCUAUUUUACACUAUUACUGAUAAGACGAGUAAGCAUAUUAACAGUAUAAAGAGAAAGUUAAUAGUUGAAGCUAUAGCAUUUGAUGAGUUAUUACUACAUUUACAAUCAAAAUCUACCAAUGAUCAAAUUAUAAAUAGUGAAAAAGAGUGCAUUGAAGAUGCAGAUGUUAAGAAAUGCUUUGAGGGUGCAAGCAAAGGAACGGUCAUUCUCGAUUCUUUUACUGAAGACGAGAUUGAUGACUGUAUUGCUCAUUUAUUUCCAACUAAGACUAUCGCUAGGGUAAUUGAAAGGAAUUCAAAUACAAUAGUUUUGGGUGAGGAUGCCAUUGCUCUAUUUUCAAGCAUUCCACACGGAAUACUCCUAUCUAUUCAGAAUUUAAAGUAUUUUUUCCACCCCAGAACAGAUUAUCAACGAAUUACAUACCAUUAG